UUAAAACCUGUAUGGUCCGUGUGUUUCGGAAUUGCGGAAAAGUAUUAGGCGCUGCGCGGUUUCGUUUAUUUGUUGCUUUCUUUCGCAACAUUGAGCACAGUCGAAGCGGAGAUAAUUGAACUCUUUCCCCAUGCUGUCCGCGGCGUAUGACACUAGCUGAACGGGACUCAAAAGCUCAACGACCGUCCGCUUGUCAUGUCGUCCCAAGAUGAGAACUCCGAUUCCGUUCUCGAGUACAUGCCUUCGUUCCCGUCGGGACCUUUGGACAAUUAUAGGAAGCUGGCCUCCUUCGAUUGGCGAAAGUUGAAAGUGGCCCUGGAGGGCGAAGACAUUAUACGUUUCAAGGCUAAGGUGUUCAAGACUCUGGAGAAUGACCCGCUGUUUGCCCGUCAGCCUUUUGAUGACAUCACCUUGGAAGAGCACCGUCACCUGUGCUUCCGGCGAAUGAAGCGCAUCUUUGAAUAUCAGUUCUACUCUCAGGAGGAGUUCUUCCAAAACCCAUUCCUUUCAUCUGCGUGCAACAACUGCAUCGGGGCUUAUGACUGGUCUCUUUCCAUCAAGAAAGUUCUUUGUUUUGAUAUGUUUAUUGGAGCUGUUAGGGGACUGGGAACGAAAAGGCACAUGCGGAUAUUCGACGAAAUACUGAAGUUUGAGGCAGCUGGAUGCUUUGCCCUGACUGAGCUUAGCCAUGGAACAAAUACAAGAGCCAUGCGGACGGAAGCACUGUACGAUCCAAACACACAGGAGUUCGUUCUGAACACUCCGGACAUUGAAGCCAUCAAGGUCUGGUCAGGAAACAUGGGGCAGACGGCUACAGAUGCCAUUGUGUUUGCUCAGUUGCUGACAGCCGAUAGGAAGAACCGGGGCCUGCACGCCUUCAUUGUUCCCAUCAGAAACCGCAAGACUCUGCUUCCGUUCCCAGGUGUCCUCGUGGGCGACAUGGGUCCCAAGCUGGGCCUCAAUGGCAUCGACAAUGGGUUUCUGUCUUUUCAUGACUACCGGAUACCCCGGGAAAAUCUGCUAAACAGGACUGCGGACGUGACACCUGAAGGGGAAUACGUUACACCACUGAAAGAUCCAAAGAAGAGGUUUGGAAUGACCCUGGGCUCCCUGUCUAUGGGACGUGUCGCCAUUGUAGGCAUCUGCACCACAAACCUGAUCAAGAGCAUUGUCAUCUCGACCCGGUACUCAGCAGUACGUCGCCAGUUUGGUCCAGAGAACCAGGAAGAGUUGCCCGUCAUCGAAUACCAGCUGCAGCAAUGGCGACUGAUCCCGUUCCUUGCAGCGGCUCACGUGAUGAGCUACUACUCAGCUGCAUUGUAUCGGGAGUUCGUCAGCUUCCACAUAGCGGUCCUUUUCGGAGACAAGUCUCCCGAAGUGUCUGAACAGGGCGUGGAGUUGCACAUCUUGUCGUGUGCUGCCAAGUGUAAAGCCGGCUGGCUGGCAAGGGACGCAAUACAGGAGAGCCGCGAAGCCUGUGGUGGCCAUGGCUAUCUCAAAGUGUCGGGUCUCGGUGAGCUGCGCAACGACAACGAUGCCAACUGCACCUACGAGGGCGACAACAACGUGCUUCUGCAGCAGACGAGCAACGUACUGCUGUCACUGGUGCAAGGACGCAAGAUGGGCCAGCCCUUACCAGCAUCCAUGCCGACCAUCCAGUUUCUAAACGACAUGGAGGCCAUUCUGCAGGGCACCCUGACAGCAACGACCGUCCGUGAGAUGACCGACAUCAACGUGAUCUUGGCAGCAUACAAGUGGCUGGUGUGCUACCUGCUGAGGGUGAGCGACGAGAAGUACACAACGCUGCUGUCUCAGGGAGAAGACCAGUUUUCGGCCAAGAACAACACACAGGCCUUCUGCCUUCGUGAACUGGCCUUGGCAUACAUUGAGCACACCAUUGUGGAAAAGUUCCAGAACUUCAUUGGCGACCUGAAAGACCCUCAGCUGUGUGUUGUGCUGCAACGAAUUAACUCCCUUUUUGCGCUCUGGAGCCUGGAGAAACGCAUAGGGGACCUGUACGGUGGUGGAUAUUGCGCAGGUGAAGCUGCCAAGAAUUUGAUGCGAGAAGGCAUUCUGCAGCUUUGCCGCGAGCUGAAGGACGACGCCGUCACGCUGGCAGACGUCAUUGCUCCACCUGAUGUUGCUCUCAACUCUGUGCUCGGAUGCUCGGAUGGACAGGUGUACAAGAAGCUGUUUCAGUCAUUUGUUCUCUCCCCGGGAGGCACACAGCGGGCGCCGUGGUGGAAGGAGUUUCUGGACAAGCCUGUCAUGGGCUCCCUCUUGGCAAAGCUCUGAGGUUGUCCGUUGCCGUUGACAGCGCACAUUGUGUUAUGAGAUUACUUCCGUGAAUGUGGGGGAUAUACGAGGUUAAGUAGCCAGAUAGGGCUCACGUGUGCUCCUUGCCCUCUUGGCAAAUGGAGAAGCAACCCAGUCAAGCGCAUGGCGGGUUUCGCGCCGUGCUUGCCGACCCGGUUAGACAUCCAGGUAAGGAAAAGUGAGUGUCAACAGGUGGGCAUGCCACUUAAGUUGUUUGUUUGUAGUAAGAAAAUAUUUUUGUAAUUGGUCAAAUUUCAGGAUUACUGGAAGAUAAUUAGUGUGAAAGCUACAGUUCUCGCGAUCUGUUGGCUCAACGGCUGCUUCACUGAUGAGGGCCUGACAGAUAUCUUGACAAUAUGACUGUAGCACGACACUUGCAUCUUCAAGCGAGUAGACGUGCUUUUGGCUCGGGCUGCUAGUAUUUCAGCACUGAAGUACAACCUAUCUAUCACAUGUCCCUUGGAAUUUAUGACAAAGGCAUUUGACUUGCUAUUAGGCCGAGCAUUUGUGGUGCUUUGUAGAGAUAAUUACUGCAAAUGCCUCACUUCGGUGAAUGUUCAAUACAGGUGAAAGCUCUGCACUAUGGAGACAGCAGCCUGGAAAAAACAUUUUGAAACAGCUGUGGCAUUUAAAAAGAAAUGACUGAGGUUUAAUUAUAAAAUACAUUGACCCACUCUGAAGCUUAUAUUCAUGCGGCAGUUUCAGUGUAUAAUAUAUACAAUAUUAUGCUAUGUUACAUUAUCGACAUUCUUGGGAAAUGGUUCACUUGUAGCUAUACGUAAUGGUGCUAGCUCGGUUUUUUUUUUUUUGUCUUGUUGCUUUCUUAUUCUCUCAGCUCAAUCAUUCAUAUACCCACAUUUCAAAAAUUUUUAGUAGGUACGAGGAUGUCCUCCUGUAUAACAUUUGACAAGUACUUUUUGUACAAUCUAUAGUAUAGUAUAUCUUAGGAACAUGAAGGUCUCUAUGCUAACAAAUGAAGGAAGGAAGUGUAAAUUUAAGGGCUCGUUUUGCCUUGUUUGACACAAUAUCAAUGAGAGCUAACAGGUAAUAAUGCCAAGGAAUGUAUAGGGUAUGUUAUUAGAAGUAAUUGUAAUGUGAAUUUGAAGAAGAAACAGUUGAUGAAAAAAAUAACUUGCCACUAGCAGGGACUGAAUCUAUGACCUUUGAAUAAAGCAUCCAGUGUUCCUGGAUGCGCUAUUCAAAGGUCGUAGGUUUGGUCUCUGGCCUUGGCAAGUUACCUUUCUGUCCACGUUUCUUUGUUUAAACUUACAAUUACUCGUAACACAUUCUAUAAAUAACCUGUCUACACAGCAUUCACUUCUGUCAAGUAUUGACUGUCAUGCUAAGUGUAUUAAACAUAUCAUGGUGUUGUCAGGAAAUACCAUGCUGAAAGUAUGCUUGGAACAUUAGUUUGAAACGUAUGUUAUGUCGUCAAGAUGUUAUGCAACAUGGCAGCCCUUUUGCUGCUUCAUUUGUUCUGCUAUCGCUCUUUAGGUAUGCUAUUCACUGCUCGCUAUGAUGUGCAUCACUCAUAUCACUGUGAUCUUUUUAUUUAACCCCAAGGUGAAUACGUUACUGUUGUACCUUUUUCUAUUAUACUAUUGUUGUCGAACUGCUUGUAUAUACUAUGUUUCAAAUAUGACUAGUAAUGACUUUCUCUGAGAGUUCCAAGAGGAACUUGAUGAGAUGUCCAGGCAUGUGCAGGUUGCCUACUUUCUGGUGUUCUUAAGAUAUGGGUGAAAAGAAUGAAGAUAAUUUAUAGAUUUCAUAUAUAUUUAUAUAGUGGAGCCCCAUUCAUAGAUUUUUCAGCGGACCGGGCUGGAAAAACGUAACAGCUGAGCAAACACAAGAGUGAGGAAAGCUCCGAAAUUUAAUGAGAGCACAGGUGCUUUGACUACAAACAAUUUAUUUCGGCAAAGUGAGCCAAGGACAUAAAAUAUUCGAAGAUAGUUGACUGCCGCUUCUUUCGCUCGCCAGUAAGCACCAUGCGUUUCUCUAUAAUUUGGAAGGCCGCAUUGCUUUCACCGUCGCUUUGGUGUGCAACGUACCUGCGACGGUAGUUCAGGGUCGCGACGGCUUCUCCAAAGCUGAGAUUGGCCAACUCUACGGCCGACUCUUUAGAAUUGUGUGACUCGUGCUCGUCGUCGUCACCGAUGUCCCCGUCUUCAGAUGCGAUCGAGUUUGCAACAAUCUAUGCGAUUGUCUGGCGCUCUGACAUCUUAAUGGUAGCAUCCACAGCGACAUCAUACCCAUUGCACCCAGCACAUUCAUUAUGUCAUUGAGCUCUUGCUCACAAAAAGGCUGCUUUCGAUUGUUGAGCUUCGAUGACAGGCUCCCAUUUGCAGUCCAUACAGAACCCACACCUCGUGAAGCAGUGCUCUGCAGUUGACGGGCUCAUUGCACUCCAUGCUACAUCCAGCUUUUCCUCAAGGAAAAGCACUUUCCAUUUAUGCAAUGCCAUUAAGCUUUGACAAAGACUGUGUUGAGAAGUUAAACGGUGUUCAACAGGCUUAGAGCACACAACAGCGACUGAAGACGAGUCACAACGUGCGACGUGUGGCGGUGGGACUGUCACAUGUAUUCGGCAUUCUGUAGUGAAACUUCUGUUGUAAGUGCUGUGAUGAUGGUGAUAGCACUUUUCACGAAUGGCCAUCCAGGGGCGGCUUCUCUAAUUUGCCUGCGGCAUCUUCCAGCCUGUUCCGUAGCCAAGCCAGACCAAGACUUUACAACAUAAAAUCAAAAUGGUGGUGCGCGAGCUGCAUGCUGGGCGGGUUCGGCAGACUAGGCUGGGACGCAUCAUGUAGGAACGUUCUCACAGUUGCAACGUAACAGUGGAGUUCGCAGUACAUAGGAUUGUAUGGGAGCUAUGCCGGGACCGAUGAAAGACAACGUAACAGCCAAGAAAAUGCAGCAGUGACAAAUGUAGUAGCGGGGUUCCACUAUACAAAUAACACGAGAUGAAACAGUACAUUUUAAAGCGAGUUACUGGAAUAUAUGUACCCUCUUUAUUUCUUCUUUUGUCAUUCCAUCUACCUGUGCUUUAUUAUUUCAGAGCCCACUUCCCAAGUUUUUGCACCUGAUGUGUGUGAACCUUUAUGAGCAUUGACAAAAAUAAAUGGUGAAUGAGACGGCUUA